AUGACUCCUCUACAGACAACAAACACCAUUCCAGUGGAUACGGCUUGCUCUGUGACGCGUACCCCAAACAGCGAUGGGCCUAACUGCUGCAGUCCAGCCGCCUCGCUACGGACACAAAACUUUCCCACCAACGCCGCGGAGGCUAAUUACCACCUCUCAGAUCAGUCACAACGUGCCAACAUAGGGAACACAACAUCACCCGCAUUGAGCAUUGCCCCCCUUCCAAUCGUUUCCUCAAGUAGUGAUGGAGAGCUUCUGCGGCCUACUAAAACAAAUAGGAUUGAACUUGCUAACGUGUCGGCUCUCCGGAAUGCCGAAACCCACUCAGAAUCAAUGACUAAGAACAUUGUAUCUGCACGUCCUGUGUGCGCUGUUGCAUUUUAUUCUGAUGAAGAAGAUGAAUUGGACCUCCUUCUUGGAAAAAAAAAGGCCCAGGAAGUCAAACUAGUGGAUGCGCUGAUGUCAGGGAUGCAGACAACAUACCCAACAGGCGGUCAACACAUUAACUCUAGGCAUAGCUGCCCUGGAGGUGACUCUUUCACCACGCGUCCUAUUAGCUCGCUAUUAUGGAGUACACGCUCAAAUAACACCGCAAGGGAAUAUAUUGAGUAUUUCAAACGACAGUUUCAGUAUGAACUACGAGUGAAUGAGAACCUUUUUGAUAGCUUUGAGCCUUUCUUCACAAAUAAAGUGCUUCGUCAAAUUGAAUCAGAUUCCGAUUUGUGCCCAGUUUUCCCUAAACCACCGACGGUAAGUGUAGCAGACAUAGCGGCGCUACCCGGCUAUACAUUACGGGACUACCAACUCGCGGGUGUCCAAUUUCUGCUGGAAAAUUUUCAUCGCGGCAUGGCUUGCAUCCUUUCAGAUGACAUGGGGCUUGGCAAAACGGCGCAGAUUGCUUCGUUUCUGCAUGUCCUGAAGACAAUCCAUCGUAUUGAUGGUCCGCAUCUUAUCGUAACACCGCUGUCGAUGCUGACCGGCUGGACAAGGGAACUUGUGCGGUGGGCCCCGGGACUUAAGCUGAUGAAGUACCAUGGUGAGCGCCGUGCCCGUGAACAGGCCCGUAUGAUGCAUCACAAUCGACACGCCGUGGUUAUCACGACACCAGCGAUGCUCAACCAAGAUCGCGGCUUCUUCCGGAAGCGUUCCUGGGUGACGGUUAUCGUCGACGAGGCGCAUGUGCUAAAGGGGAGCGAUACACAAAUCACCACCACCGCACGAAAACUCACUGCCUGCAUCCGUAUUGCAGUGACGGGAACCCCCGUCCAUAAUAAUGUGCAGGAAGUAUGGAGCCUUAUGGGUUUUCUUUACCCAUCCUUUACGACUGGUUAUAACAACGGUAUCACGCGCAACGACGAUGAUGCCGUGCAGGCUGCCGAUAACUGCGCAAGGCUGCUAAGCCACAUCAUGCUUCGUCGCACGAAGGAAUCGUUGGAGCUGGAUAUCCCACCUCGUGUGGACGAGCCAGUGACCCUGCUUGAGCCGACCUACGUCCAGUCGCAGCUGCUAGCCCAGCUCGCAGCGCGCGUUCUUGAAAAUGAUGAAAGUGCAGGUCGUUUACAGAUCCAUCUCAGCCACCAACGGACGGUAUGUAAUCAUCCUAUGACGCUGCGGCUGCUGGCGAACGAGGACCGAAGCCAAAGCAACACCGAGGGUGUGGAAGCGCUUCUUCGAUCGGUUGGCAUUCCGAUGAGCGAGUCUGCCCUUGUGCGCCCAAGCGCAAAGAUGGUGUUCUUGGAUGGGUUACUCAAGCGGCUCCAAGAGGACGGCCACCGCUGCCUCAUUUUCUCCAACUUCACGUCGACCUUGGACCUGCUUGAGGGGUUAUGCCACCUUCGCGGAUAUAGCUACGAGAGGCUGGACGGCAACUGUAAUCGUGUCGAGCGGGAACUCUCGAUGCUGCGCUACAACGCCCCAACCUCCACCUGUUUCGUCUUUUUGGCGACCACUACCGCGGGCGGCGUCGGGGUGACUCUGACUGGAGCCGACACGGUGAUCCUUUUUGAUGCGCAUUUUAACCCGCAGCUUGAUCGGCAGGCUGCCGAUCGCGCACACCGCAUCGGGCAGACGCGCGUGGUUCAUGUGUAUCGUCUAUGUCUCAAAAACACAAUUGAAGAGCGUAUUCGUGAGAUUGCUGAUCAGAAGGCGUCAUUGGGCGAUUAUAUCGUCGAUGGGGCACGGCGUGACGGCAAUAAAAACAACCACGGAUUCAACUCAACUGACAUUCGUCAAAUGUUUAGGCAACUGAACAAAAUACGAGAAAGGCGAGGAGACUCGGCUGUAAUACCCUCAUCUAUUCCUUUUGAUAGAUCCGAUGCAACAAUACAGCCAAGUUACAACAUGACCAGCGUUCUAAUGGAUGAAGAUAAUAAAAUGGUGGAAAGUUUAGUCCGUGUUGAGACGGAUGGACUUGAACAACAUAUUAAGCGGAACACAGUAGCCUCUAAAUUAACAUCUAACACAACGCACUGCUGCUUCGUGUGCGGUGGCAUCAUGCAUCCAUUGGAGCCGCUUUAUCACUGUGUUACUUGCCCCAAGGCAUACCAUGCGGAAUGUAUUGGGCUGAAGAAGCGCAAGUCGUGGGAAACUUCCAACCAACACUGGAACUGCCCCAGGCAUAUGUGUUCAGUGUGUGGUAAAGCGCAGGCCGUGGAUGGCGCCAUAUUCAUGUGUGUCAGCUGUCCGCGUGCCUUUUGCUUUGACUGUUUGGAUCCUCGGUACCUGGAAAUGGACGAAAAAGGCUCUCAACUCAUGCAUAUUCAGCGUACCUACACGGGAAUGGAAGAAGAGGAGGUAAUCAUGAACCGGACCCGUUACUAUAUCUCCUGUUUACAUUGUUGUGGUGUGGAUUCGUCAUCAUCAUCUGAAGAUCAAGAAGAUGACGAUACGAGCUCUAGUGGUACUACUAGAACCCUUUCAGAAUGUUGA